CACAAGCCUUCUCUGGUUAACCAGACAACCAGUAGAAGCAAAACCUUCACUCCCGGUCCCCGAAGCGACCAGUGAAGUGCUCCCUGUCGAUUAGUGCGCUAAUCGGCACCUUUGGUGACAUCCGAGCAGCCUGCAAGGACACCAGAGGAAGAUCUAGUGUCGGCCAACCGUCGGUCGAAGCAAGUAGAAUCCAUCCUUUGCGUGAGGAUAUAGUGAAAAGCGUUCGCGUGGCUUUAACAACGCGAAGUGUGUGUGUAUAAAAACCUUACCUUGGUUCCAUCGUGUGUGCAGCGAGCCUUUACUAAGAAAAAAUGGGACUCGAUCAUACACCAGAGAAGAAGGAUGACGAUAAUGACUUCAAGCUCCUGGUUCACCAGCGUGGCCAAAUCAAGCGGAGAGUCACACUCAUCAACCGCACUCUGAAGGAAGCCGAAGAAGACCCUACAAAGGUGACUCCAACACUCCUAAAGGUCUUCGCGAAAAAGCUCGAUGUACACUAUCAAGAGUACACCACUGUCCAUCGAGAGAUUAUGGAAGCAUGCCCACCAUCGAAGCUAGAAGAGCAAGACGAAAUGCUUAUGGCCUUUGAUAUUCUCCACACCGAGGCGAUGGAGAGACUCGAGCAGCAAUCCGUGUCAUUGCCGCAAACCGCUGUUCCAGUAAAUAGCACGGUUCAUACCCCGAUAAUGUUGCAACAUCAGCCACUGCGAGCUCCGAUUCCCAGCUUUGAUGGAAAGGUGGAAAACUGGCCGAAGUUUCAGACGAUGUUUGAGGACAUUGUCGGUCGCAGCAACGUUUCCGAUGCCAUGAAGCUUCAUCAUCUGGAUAAGGCACUAGUCGGCGAUGCUUCUGGAUGGAUAACGGCAAAGAUGAUCCAGGAUAACAAUUUCCAGCUGACCUGGAAACAACUGAAGGAGCGAUUCGAGAACCCUCGCGUUAUCGUUGACACCCAUCUAGUUGGACUUUUGGAAUUGAAGGCUAUUCCAAAGAGGAACCACAAGGAUCUCACAGAGCUUGUAAAAACUGUAAACCGGCACGUUGGAGGUUUGCAGUACCAAAACAUCCAAGUCGACGCGAUGUCUGGUUUGCUGCUAACUAAGAUCAUCACUGCUCGGCUAGACGACCAGACGCUCCAACUGUGGGAAAGAACGCAGGAACACGGAAAACUACCAGACUUCGAGCAGAUUAUGAAAUUCCUGCAAAGCGAAUGCCAAGUUCUGGAAAGGUUCCAGAAUCGACCCCAGGCAGCCACCGUGAAGGAGGGAAACCAUAAGCAGUCGACUGGUAAGCUUCCAAGCCAGAAAGCACACGCAGUAUCAUCGUCAUCGACAUCACAUCCCUGUCUCGUGUGCUCCGAGAAACAUCGCCAUUUUGAAUGUCCCGCAUUAAACAAAAUGGAACCCGCAAAACGCAACGCCAAGGUGAGGGAGUUAAACCUGUGUUACAACUGUCUUCAAGCUGGCCAUCGAGUAAACGAAUGUCCAUCACAAAGGGUAUGCUCGAAAUGCCAGAAGAAACAUCACACGCUUCUGCACGAGGAUGCUAAGCCAGCAUCGGAGAAGUCCACACCAAUGAUAAACACAUCUCCAGCAGUCUGGUCGGACACCACUACCGCUUCGUUUAAUCCUUCGUCCUAUACCGCUGUUCCAAAAAACCGAUCGUUUAAACAAACGACUGCUAUGCUCAUGACUGCCCUCGUGUACAUAAGAAACAGCGACAACGGGAAAAUACCAUGCCGUGUUCUUCUGGAUUCCGGUUCCCAAGCAAGCUUCAUCUCAAAGGCAAUCGCUGAUCGCCUAUCACUUGCGAGAAUCCCAACGUUUGUGCCCAUCACUGGAGUGGGUGCUGUCAAGACUUGCACUCGUGAAAAGAUCGUCGUGGCAGUCGAGUCGCGAUGUUCUGAUUAUUCAACAACCGUUGAAUGCCUGGUGAUUCCUAAGGUAACAGGAAUCAUCCCUUCGUCUCAGCUGGAUAUUACGCAGUGGUCCCUGCCACCUGGCUUAGUUCUGGCUGAUCCUGAUUUCCAUACGCCUGGACGAAUAGACAUGCUGUUAGGCGUAUCCCAUUUCCUACGAUUACUUAAAUCAGGAAGGAUGCAGCUUCGAGAAGACUUGCCCGAACUUCAAGAGACGCAUUUUGGAUGGGUCGUGGCAGGAGAUGUCGAAGAACUAAAAAACGACCAACAAAGCUGCACCGCCACCUCCGCCUCAUUACCCGAGACCAUGAAGAGGUUUUGGGAGGUUGAGGAGAUCGAAGAUACCGAUCAACCCACGGAGCAUGAGGCGUGUGAAAGGGUGUUCCGAGAAACUCACCACCGAGACGAGGACGGAAGAUACGUUGUCGCCCUACCCUUUCGUGAGUUUCCACCUCAGUUGAAGGUCAACCGAGAGCUGGCACUGCGUCGCUUUCUCUCAUUUGAGCGACGUAUGAAGAAGGAUUCCUCUCUGAAGCAGCAAUAUGCCAAAUUCAUCGACGACUACGAAGCUCUCGGUCACUGCCGUGAGAUCAGGGAAGAUCUUGACGAACCAGACAAAGCCUGCUUCUACAUGCCUCAUCAUGCGGUUCUACGACCAUCUAGCUCCAGCACCAAGCUCCGUGUGGUCUUCGAUGGAUCUGCUAAGGCCGCUCCAUCUGAUGUAGCUCUCAACCAAGCCCUGAUGGUGGGAGCGACUGUGCAGAACGAUAUUUUCGUCAUCCUCAUCCGAUUCCGGAAACAUGUCAUCGUCUUCACUGCCGACAUAUCCAAAAUGUAUCGGCAGAUCAAGGUGGUUCCAGCGCACUCGUGCUUCCAGCGAAUCCUCUGGCUGGAUAGUCAGAUCGUUCUCGCAUGGCUGAAGAAACCGCUUACAUCCCUGCAGGUGUUCGUGCGGAACCGCAUCGAAAAAAUCCUUCAACUCACCGAACCGUUGAGAGUACAGUGGAGGUAUAUCUCAACAAAGCAGAAUCCAGCAGACAUUGUGUCCCGCAGUAUGCUGCCAGAGGCCUUACGGACAAACGAACUUUGGUGGUUGGGUCCAAAGUUCCUCCAAAGCGCGGAUUAUGAAGUAGAGAUUCCUGAUGAGUUACCUGAUGACGGCCUUCCGGAAUUGAGAGCGACACCCAUCGCUGCCACGCCGGCAGUAAACAAACCCAAUCUACCUGUCCUUUCAAGGUACAGCUCUUUUCGAAGACUCCAGCGAGUAAUCGCUUUAGUUCGACGAUUCAUCCUUAACUGCCGUGAGAAGGACGUUUCGAAGCGUGUCACCAACCGUUUUCUCACUGUUGUGGAACUUCGAGACGCCCAGGACAUCAUAGUCCAACUUAUUCAGCGUGAAACGCUAGCUGACGAAAUCCAACGAGUGGAAAGCAACGAAUCUUGUAAACGGAUUUACGCCCUGCACCCGAUAAUUGUCAACGGAGUCCUGCGUGUCGGCGGAAGAUUACAGCAUUCCGACCUCCCGCUGUCCAAUAAACAUCAGAUCCUGCUUCCAAGGCAUCCAGUUACCGAUCUCAUCAUACAGGCGUAUCAUCAAGAGCUUCUACACAUCGGACCAUCCGGAUUGCUUGCAGCCAUUCGUCAGAAGUUUUGGCUUAUUGAUGGACGGUCAUCUGUUCGAAAGAUAACAAGAUCCUGUGUCCGCUGCUUCCGAUCCAAGCCACGAAGUUCCAGCCAGUUAAUGGGUAACCUUCCUUCAUGCCGAGUAACUCAAGCGCAUCCAUUCGAGAAGGCUGGAGUUGAUUACGCCGGUCCAGUACUCGUCAAGGAGGGCCGGUAUAAGCCUCGCCUUGUUAAGGCUUAUAUUGCCGUUUUCGUGUGCAUGGCAACGAAAGCAGUCCAUCUAGAAUUAGUCUCGGAUAUGUCGAGCGAGGCCUUCCUUGCAGCGUUCCAUCGGUUCACCAGUCGGCGAGGGUUAAGCAAGGAAAUCUUUUCGGACAACGGAUGCACCUUCAAGGGAGCCAAUUCGGAGCUACACGAGCUAUACCAACUCUUCCGAAACCAAGCAACCAUCGAGCUACUUCAGGAAUACUGCCAGACGAAGGAAAUCGUAUGGCAUUUCAUCCCACCCGAAGCUCCAAAUUUUGGAGGACUUUGGGAAGCCGCUGUUAAGAGCACCAAGUAUCACCUCAAGAGAACACUGAAGGACGCCAAGCUAACCUUCGAAGAGUACGCUACGGUACUGACCCAAGUGGAGGCGAUCCUGAACUCACGACCGCUGUUCGCUAUUUCCUCUGAUCCUUCGGACCCAGAGGUCAUCACGCCAGGACACUUCCUGGUGGGUCGUCCUCUGAUUGCAACCCCGGAACCCAGCUACAACAAUGUACCGAUGAAUCGAUUGUCCCGAUGGCAAUACCUUCAACAGCUACGAGAGAAAUUCUGGCAACAAUGGAGGAAGGACUACCUGCAGAGCCUGCAGCCCCGCAGUAAAAAUCAACGGACACAUCCUAACAUCCGCCCUGGAAUGAUUGUGCUGGUUGAGGAGAGAGAUCUGCCAUCACAAUCCUGGAAGAUGGGCAGGAUCAUCACCACGUACCCUGGAUCAGACAAUCUUGUACGAGCCGUUGAUGUCAGGAUCGGGGGAACGAUUUAUUGUCGAGCUGUUUCCCGAAUUUCUAUCCUGCCUAUCGAAGACAACUGCAAUCAGGAUUGCAGUGCUUCAACGGAUUCUUCGCAGCCCGGGGGAGCAUGUUCGACACCAACACAAUCAACACACGAGACACCGGGCGCGAGAGUGUGUGUGAAGGCUUUAGAAACCACACCUACUGCAUAGUCACACCACCGACGCGCACGAACAAUCCCGAACGCAGGAUGAACCCCGACCCGAACGCAGGAUGAACCCUGACCCGAACGCAGGAUGAACCCUGACCGAUGAUUAGUACGCAAAGUAAUCAUCGCGCGCGCAAUGAUGCGGCAACCUUUCUAAAUCCAGAUUUUUCUGGAUUUAUCUUCUGGAUGGAUAGAUCUUUCUAAAUCUUUCUAAAUCUUUCUGGAAGGAUCUAAAUAAACAUUUUUGGCAACUAUAAAAGGACGAUUAGAUCCUCGUAGCGGUUAUCAGUUCAAAACAAACCGGCAUCAGUUCCAUAUCGAACCGGCUACAGUUCAUAACGAACCGGCAAACGGUCAACUACAGUUCCAAACCGACCCUGUAAGAGUCCAAUCUGACCCGGCGAACGGUCAAUAAAGUAAAAAUAAAGUUCCUAGGUUAAAGUUAGAAAAGGUGUUUCUCUUCCUGCUCCAAAGGGAAACCAAAUUCCUCCUCCCCCUCUUGAGGCAACCCCGGCGCCUCAACAGCA